AUGUAUCUGAGAAUGGACAUGCCUGGUCUCAGCAAUAAAAACGUGAAGAUAUCAAUGGAGAUGGAGAGUCUGAGCAUCAAAGGAAAGUGCGGGAAGGAUUCGAUGGAAGACGAAAAGUAUGGGCCCGACUACCCCAACAGGCUUUAUCACCCUUCUAGUUUUCGUCUCCCUUCCAAUAUCUAUAACAUUGAACACAUGCAAGCUAAGAUGAAGAAUGGAGUUUCGAAAGUUGAGAUUCCAAAGUGCCCAAACACGAUAACAAGGAGAUCGAGAAAGGAUGUGGUUCAGGUUAAUGUCGAUUGA